AAUUGUAGAAAUAUCGAUCCCGAUUAAAACAGUAAUUUCAAAUCGGGCGCGGUAUUCCAAUCUGUAGAAGAACGUGUACUUCCUGCUGCAAGAAGAUGUCUUCAAAAAAGUCUGGAAAGUGGAACAUUGAUGAGAAACCAGUGAAGAUUGAUAAGUGGGACACAGCAGCUGUGAAGAAUGCAUUAGAUGAUGCUGCCAAGAAGGUGUUGAAGGAGAAGUUUGGUUAUGUAGAGUCUCACAAACUGAUGGAUCUUCGCCUACUGAUCUGUACGGUGGCCGUGGGAUUCUCACUGUUUGCCCUCAUCUGGGACUACCUCAGGCCAUUUCCUGAAUCUCGACCUGUUCUCAUCAUGUGUGUCCUAUCAUACUUUGUGUUGAUGGGAAUACUGACUCUGUACACUACCUAUGUGGAGAAGGGAAUAUUUCUAGUGGCCCUCCAGAAGGACGAGGCGGGGGUGGAUCCGGACAAUAGAUGGGAGUUGUCCUCAAUGUUAAAAAAAUACGAUGACAUGUACCACCUAACCGUGACAUUUACAGACGGCAUCACAGGAAUCCAGAGAACAAAGGAAUUUUCCAAGUCAGUCUGCAACUACUUCGAUGAAAAUGGAGUACUGUGUUUCGAUCUCUUUGAACCAGAAAUUAGACUGCUUCAUAAUCAGAUUUCAGCAGAAGGAAAGAAGGACUAACUUUCAAUGAGGAAUCUUUUUAGUGACUUUUCAUCUGAACAUUUCAAUGCCUACAGGCUUUAACAUAAAUCAUAAUAUAUUUUGAUUUGAACAUUAUUUUUACAUUGUUUUGCAAAAACAUCAGAUAUCUGCAUACAAGGAGUGGUGCUGAACAUUGACUUGGUAGAAGGGAGACUUCAUUGUGACCUGUCAUAGAUUUGAAUGUUGUAAUAUGUAUGUCCGAGUGUUUUAUGUGAAUGUUCAUUAAAUGUGGUACAUACUAGUCA